AGUCAGCGUUCGGUCUCCGCGAGCUACGCACGUAGACCCGUCGUCUGCUCCGCGCUACGAAGCUACGUACAUUGUAAUUUCCCAAUUCCGUGAUGCUACGACUAAGUCUUAGUUUAAAUAAAGAAAAGUAAUAUGUAUUUUAUUUUACUAGCAUCUCAUUUUAAUUAAAAAAAGUCAUCGAAAAUAAAUAUUAAAAACUUGUGGUUCGAUUUAAAUAAUGUUUAUACAUAGUGUUUCAUUUUCGACGACGUUUGUUUUGUAAAGUAUUUAAAAUGUAAAAAGAGUGAAAUUUAAAUUAAAAUAUCAAAAUUUUACUUUCAUGUGAAAUUAAGUUUUAAGCUUAUCUGUUUAAGUACGUAAAUUGAGUGUAAAGCGUUUUUUUUUUUUCGAAACCCUAUCGAGAACAAAUCAAUGUAAUAUAAUUAAAAAAAAAACCGGACUUUUUACUAUAAAAAUGGUUGAAUUCACACGAGAAAAUGAAACUGUGUCUGAACUAAUAUCGCGCUGCACGAAUAUCUCACACUUCGACUGCACCGAAGACGCGAUGCUGUGGGUGAUGAUGGGACCACGAAGGCUUCCCCUGCAGAAAAUCGUGCCCAUAUCGGUACUGCUCUUGGUCAUAUUCGUAACGGGAGUGGUGGGAAAUCUGACCGUCUGCGUGGUCAUAGUACGACACCCCACGAUGCAUACCGCCACCAAUUAUUAUCUUUUCAGUCUGGCGCUCAGUGACUUGUUGCUUCUAUUAUUUGGUUUGCCCAACGAUCUUUCCGUCUCCUGGCAUCAAUACCCGUACAGUCUUGGCAUUGUGUUCUGUAAGCUUCGUGCCCUCAUAUCUGAAGCAGCCUCGUACGGUUCGGUGCUGACCAUCGUCGCGUUCUCCCUGGAGCGCUACCUAGCUAUCUGCCACCCGCUCCACUUGUACGCGAUGGCUGGACUGCGCCGCGCCCUCAGGGUGGUGGCCGCCCUGUGGCUGCUGUCCUUUGUCGCGGCAGCUCCGUUCGCGUCGUAUACCACGGUCAGCUACCACGAUUACCCUCCAGGUUCCGGAAACGCUUCUCUAGAGUCAGCAUUCUGCGCGAUGCUGGAAGUACCCUCGUGGUACCUCUACGAGCUGAGCAGCCUCCUGUUCUUCAUCCUCCCUGGGCUGAUAAUACUCUGUCUUUACGUCAGGAUGGGACUCCGGAUCAGGUCCACUCAUACCAGUAAGCCGGGCAGCCCAGGCACUUUGAACGGUGUCAACGGCAGUGUCCAUGGAGAAGCAAGUCAAGCGCAGUCCAAGAAAACCAUCAUCAGAAUGUUGGCGGCAGUGGUGAUCGCGUUCUUCGUCUGCUGGGCUCCGUUCCAUUUCCAGAGGCUGUUCUACAUCUACGGCACCGGCGCUUCUCAUUACCACAUCAUCAACGAAUACCUGUUUUACGUGGCCGGUGCUUUUUAUUACGUCUCUGCUACCGUCAAUCCUAUUCUAUACAACGUGAUGAGCCAUAGAUACCGAAUAGCCUUCAAAGAGACUCUCUUCUGCAAGAAAGCAACUCGGAUAAGGAGCAAAUACAUCGAACAGUCCAGUACCAGGGAGACAGUGGUGCACAACGGUAGGAGGACCAGAUCGAAAUGCCGGAACGAGCGGAAAAACUGCAGUUAUUACGUCACCGAAACCAGCCUUUGCAGCGAGUGGAAGAAAGACUUCUACCAGCAGAAGAAGAUGCAUGUUUUGUACAAGGAAAGGUCCGGCUCGGAAUUGUGCAGUGAAAAUGAAGCUAGUCAACUCAUGUUUGGAUAUAUGCCUGGAGAGGAGAACGAUGACACUUAAGUAUUAUUUUGGGGAGGGAAGUAAGAUUAAUGUCACCAGUGUAGGGUUGCGAUCUUAAAAAAAUAUUGGUUACUACACAAGGGGGUCGCGGGUUCGAAUCCCGCCAAGGGAAGAUAUUUGUAUGAUAAAUAUAAAAUGUCUUUCCCAGGGUUAUCGAUGUAUAUUAAAUAUAUUAUGUAUGUG